AUGUCUCAACCAGACUGGCCGGACGAGGAGAAGGACACUGGUUUGCUUGCCGAAGAAGUCAGCUUUCUCGAUUCGAACUUUCAGUCACCACCUGAAACCAGCAGCCAACCCUGGACAAAGGGAUCUGAGAGCAGCCUGUUCUGCCAGUAUGAGGAGAAGGUACGCCCCUGCAUCGACCUCAUCGACUCCCUGCGGACCCUGGGCGUAGAGCAGGACCUAGCCCUGCCGGCCAUUGCUGUCAUAGGAGACCAGAGCUCUGGCAAGAGUUCCGUGCUGGAGGCACUGUCGGGAGUCAGCUUGCCCAGAGGCAGUGCCCAAAACAUCAUGGCAGGGAAAGGCUCUGGCAUCAGCCAUGAGCUCAUCAAUCUGGAGGUCAGCUCCCCUGAGGUUCCGGACCUGACCAUCAUUGAUCUUCCUGGCAUCGCCAGGGUGGCAGUGGGCAAUCAGCCCCAGAACAUCGGAGAUAAGAUCAAGGAACUCAUCAUGAAGUACAUCAAGAAGCAACAGACGAUCAACCUGGUGGUAGUUCCCUGUAAUGUGGACAUUGCCACCACAGAGGCACUGAGAAUGGCUCAGGAGGUGGACCCCGAGGGAGACAGGACCAUAG